AUGAACACUUUAUUAAUAUUUUUCGCCCUAUUUCAAUUUUGCGCAGCAGCCGAAGAUACUCGCCAAUAUAUUGAGAUAGAAGAAACCUGGGACGGCAGAAGAGUUCUAAAGAGAAGAGUAAGACAAGCUGAGUUCGACGACGAAGAGGGCUCUGGAAGUCCUGAUAUUCCUCCUCCAGUUGAAAGACUUGACGUAUUCGUCCGGGUCGAGAUGAACACAAGAAUUCCAUUCAGUCAAGGACUCAAAAACAAGGAAUCUGAAGAAUAUCUUCUCAAAAAGGCUGAACUUCUUGAAGAGCUCCGAAUCAAACUCGAAAAUGUCGCGAGCAUAGAAGCUGCUGAUCUCUUAUUCGCUUCUAUCGAUGUUGAUUUUGAAGAAACCAGUGGAGAGCUCCGACAAUCAACCUCGCCUUCGAUGAAAGCCAUCAUUACAAUCCCCUUCAAGGUCGACUCCACAGAAAUGCUCAGCGACGAAAUGGAACAACAACUUGAAGAUCAGUUGCGUGAAACAACCAUAACUACUCUUAACGACAUGGUUGAAGAUGGUCUACCAGAAGAUAGAAUGAAGCUCUUCAAGUUUUUGUCUUUCUUUUUUGCCGCUGUCUUUGCCCAGAGUGGGGAAGGAUCUGGCUCUGGUGAUGUCGAUGACAUUCAAUCCGAGAUCGUCACAACGGUAGAAAUGGAACUUCAAACCGAGAUCGACUACGACGCAGAUCUUGAGGACAAAGAGUCAGCUGCUUAUGCAACCAAGAAGGGACUUCUUUACGAAGAGCUUGAACCUUCAUUCUUAGAGGCCGCAGAAGUUACCGACUCGGAGCUCGAACCAAACAGCUUCGAUGUCACUUUCGCCGAGGUUGAUAGCGCAAGACGGAAAAGACGACAAGACGAGGUCCGAAAAAUGAAGGGAACAGUUUCGCAAAAGUUCAUAAGCAAGCGAACAGAAGCAUUCACUCCUGCACUCCAGGAUCAAGUCAGUGAGCAAGUCCGUGCUCAAACCGAAUCGACAGUUCAAGACUACACCGAUGCUCCUAACACCGGCUCUUUGCUUACCGCUGGUCAGCAAAUCACUGCUACAGAAACAUCUACUGGUUACGACUUGACCGAGUGGAAUGCUGGUGCACAGUUGAAGAUGUGCAGCACGAUCUUUGCCGCUCUUCUCGCUCUAGGGCUUCUCAACUAA